AUGGCGGACAUCAACACGGCCACGAGUACUGGGGCCAAACCUGAUGCCGACCUGCGGCGGAGAAUUGUCCCAGAUUCUGGGAUACAUCAGGCCCCCGCGUUGCGACCGGUCGAGCACGAUGUGAAGAAAACCCGCUCAUCGCAGUCGCCCUCUUUCAUACACGUCCUCGCUGGCUGGGAACCGAUUAUUGCUCCCAUUGUCUUGACGGCCCUUUCCCUUUUUACUCGACUGUACCGCAUCGGUCGCUCCAACAUUGUGACGUGGGACGAAGCUCACUUCGGAAAGUUCGGUUCUCACUAUUUGAAGCGCGAGUUCUACUUCGAUGUCCAUCCGCCCCUGGGUAAGAUGCUUGUUGGCCUUUCGGGCUACCUUGCCGGCUACAACGGAUCCUUUGAGUUCAAGUCCGGCGAGAAGUACCCGGAAGAUGUGAACUAUACUUUUAUGCGCGCCUUCAAUGCUUUGUUUGGCGUCGUCUGUGUCCCUCUCGCCUACUACACUGCUCGCGACUUGAAUUUCCGCCGGGCCACCGUCUGGCUGAUCAGCUUGAUGGUUCUCUUUGAGAACUCCUAUGCGACCAUUUCUCGCUUCAUUCUUUUGGAUUCGAUGCUUCUCUGCUUCACCUUCACAACCACGCUAUGCUGGGCAAGAUUCCACCGCCUCCAGAACGCUAGCUUCUCUUUGGAAUGGUAUGCCUGGCUCUGCCUGACUGGACUAAGCAUCGGCUGUGUCUGCAGUGUCAAAUGGGUCGGUUUCUUCUGCACCGCGAUCGUUGGUCUCUACACCGUCGAGGAUCUGUGGAACAAAUUUGGCGACUUGAAGAUGCCGCAAACUGUUCUUGCGAAACACCUCUUCGCCCGCGUGGGAGGCUUGAUCGUUAUCCCCGUGUUGGUAUAUAUGUUUUCUUUCUACCUGCACUUCCUCGUCCUUUCGAACAGUGGCCCUGGUGAUGCCCAAAUGAGCUCUCUUUUCCAGGCAAACCUGCAUGGCACCGAGGUCGGCAGGGACAGCCCUCUCGAGAUUGCACUCGGAUCACGAGUCACUCUUAAGAACAUGGGCUACGGAGGCGGCCUUCUGCAUUCGCAUGUUCAGACGUACCCCGAGGGAUCGAACCAGCAGCAGGUCACAUGUUACCACCACAAGGAUGCCAACAACGACUGGUUCAUCUACCCGAACCGCAACGAGCCCGACUUUGAUGACACUGCGGACUUGAAGUUUAUUGGCGAUGGAGAUGUCAUUCGCCUGAUCCACGGGCAGACCGGUCGCAACCUGCAUUCCCACGCCAUCCCCGCGCCGAUUUCCAAGUCCCACUAUGAAGUGUCUAGUUACGGAAACAUUACUAUCGGAGAUGACAAGGACCACUGGAAGAUUGAGGUGGUGGAUGAUGCUGCAUCCCGUGAUCACUCGAAGAUUCGUACCCUAACCACUGCAUUCCGGCUUCGCCAUCCAUCCCUCGGCUGCUAUCUGCGGGCUGGAAAUGUCAAUUUGCCCCAAUGGGGCUUCAAACAGAUCGAAACAACCUGCGUCAAGGAAAACAAGCCGAAGGAUGUGUACACUCACUGGAAUGUCGAGUCGCAUACCAAUGAGCGCUUGCCCCCCGGUGACCCUGGCUCUUACAAAUCGCCUUUCCUGAAAGACUUUAUCCACCUGAACGUUGCCAUGAUGACGUCAAAUAACGCUCUGGUUCCUGACCCGGACAAACAGGACGACUUGGCGUCUGCAUUCUGGCAGUGGCCUAUUCUAAAUGUCGGUCUACGGAUGUGCUCUUGGGAUGACAGUGUGGUGAAGUACUACUUGCUUGGAAAUCCGCUCGUCUACUGGGGCAGUUCGGCGAGUCUCGUCGGCUUUGGUCUUGCAUUCCUGUGGUAUCUUCUGCGGUGGCAGAGAGGCUAUCAGGAGCUGAGCAAGGCGGACAUUGAUCACAUUCACUACUCUGGACUCUAUCCCGUCAUUGGCUGGGUUUUGCACUACCUUCCAUUUAUCAUCAUGGCACGAGUGACCUACGUCCAUCACUACUAUCCGGCUCUCUACUACGCCAUUCUUACUUUCGGUUUCUGCGUUGAUUGGUUCACCCGGAGCGCGAACGCUCGGGUCGUCACCGCCGUUUAUGCUGUUCUGUAUGCGAUCAUUAUCGGUUUGUUCGUUCAUUUCCGAGAUAUUGUGUUUGGAAUGGAGGGCUCUAAUCAGCAGUGGGCUCACCUGCGUUGGUUGCCCGGCUGGAAGAUUGCGAACUAA